UGGUCGCUCCCAGACCGCAUCCGGCCUCUGCCGGGCCUGGUUCCGGUGCACGCCCUGGGCCUCAAGCAGCUGCUGCAGCCGCGAUGUUGUUCCUCUCUCUGGCUCGGGCUCGUUGCUUCAACCGGCUGCUGGGCCGCUCGCUCUGCGCCACCCGGCAGCAGGGAAACUGUCCACAAGGGAAACGUUCACUCUCUGGUGUCUCUCGAUGCCAGGGGCUGGCUUAUGCCAACAGUAGGAAGCAUUUGGUAAAUAGCUCCCGUGUCUUCACUGUCCGUUAUUUCAGAAGCACUGCAGCAUGCCGAGAGGAAGUUGUUACAGUGAACACACCGGCGUUUGCAGAAUCAGUCACAGAGGGAGAUGUCAGGUGGGAGAAAGCUGUGGGAGAUACCGUAGCAGAAGAUGAAGUGGUGUGUGAGAUUGAAACAGACAAGACAUCUGUGCAGGUUCCAGCUCCAGCAGCUGGUGUAAUUGAAGCACUUCUUGUCCCCGAUGGAGGGAAAGUCGAAGGAGGUACACCUUUGUUUAAACUCAGGAAAGGUGGAGCUGCACCUGCCAAGGCCAAACCAGCAGCAGCCCCAGCACCAGAGCCUGCUGCGGCACCUGCAGCACCAGUUGCCCCUGCAGCACCAAUUCCCACUGCAAUGCCUCCAGUGCCCCCUGUGUCAGCACUCCCUGUUGAUUCUAAACCAGUGUCUGCAGUCAAGCCAACUGCAGCUCCAGCAGCUGCUCCUGCCGUGGAAUCUGGGGUCAGCAAAGGUGCCAGGUUGGAACAAAGGGUGAAGAUGAAUCGGAUGCGUCAGCGCAUAGCUCAGCGCCUGAAAGAAGCUCAAAAUACAUGUGCCAUGCUGACUACAUUCAAUGAAAUUGAUAUGAGUAACAUCCAGGAAAUGAGAGCCCGGCACAGGGACAGUUUCCUAAAGAAGCACAAUAUGAAACUUGGGUUUAUGUCUGCCUUUGUGAAAGCUUCAGCCUUUGCCCUGCAAGAGCAACCCGUUGUAAAUGCAGUGAUUGAUGAUACAACCAAAGAGAUUGUGUACAGGGAAUACGUGGAUAUCAGUGUUGCAGUUGCAACUCCGAGGGGUCUCGUAGUACCUGUCAUCAGAAAUGUAGACACAAUGAAUUUUGCUGAUAUUGAACGAGCAAUCAAUGAACUGGGAGAAAAGGCCCGCAAGAACGAGCUUGCCAUUGAAGACAUGGAUGGAGGUACAUUCACUAUUAGUAACGGUGGUGUAUUCGGAUCGCUUUUUGGAACACCCAUCAUCAAUCCCCCUCAGUCUGCUAUUUUGGGGAUGCACGGCAUCUUUGACAGGCCUGUUGCUAUUGGAGGCAAGGUUGAGGUGCGACCAAUGAUGUUCGUGGCCCUGACAUAUGACCAUCGUUUGAUUGAUGGCAGAGAGGCAGUGACUUUCCUGCGUAAGAUCAAGGCGGUGGUGGAAGACCCUCGUGUGCUGUUGCUUGACCUGUAAAUGGGCAGCAGCCUACCUCCCCCUCCCACCCCAGCCAGCCAAGGAAGGAGACCGCACCAGCAGACAGAAGAGGGCUGCCAAGGAUCAGCAGGGCUUCAUUCUGGCAUCCUCCUCCUCAUAGUGGCAGGAGGUGCUUUGAACUGAACCCUCAGGGUCGUGUGCCUCCCACUUUCCCUGUCUCUUCCAAAGAUAGAUCAUUUUCUUCCUUAAGGCAUUUUCAUGACUGGUUCAGAUGUACACUACUAUUCCUUCCCCUGACUUCAGAUCAAUUUAGCCUCACCUCACUCCUUAAAAUCUCAUGGGAAUAGGUAGAUUAGUCCACAGUUUAGCUAGAUUUUCACUCCCAAGCUGGUCUUGCACAGAAUUUCAGCUUUAAUUCACUAUCAGCCAUGCAGACUGCUAGGGAGAGAAAAAGGUUGCUGCUGGGUCUCUGCUCCGUUUGAAGGCUUUUGCUUUCUCUCUCUUGCAAGUGAAACUGGCCUUGGAACCUGUAAAAUGACUCUGUUGCAGUGCCUGGUCUUCUACACCUCCAGCGAUGGAGAGGAGAUCUUUUUCUCUAGCUACCUUGUGGUUUCUCGACCUUAGCAAGAGCGAGGCACUUCUAGGGAUUCCUGCCUCCCUUGUCAUUUCCUACUCCCCGUUUUGCCGAGAGGCAGUGUUAAAGACUGUUUUCACAGAUUUUCCUCCGACCUAUUCCCUUUGAGAACAAGAAAAUGGCUGUGACAAAUCCAGAUGUUCUUCCUUUUUGUUCUAACCUGAUAGGGCAGAAUCAGUGUCCCUGUCAGGGUCAGUUCAAAUUGACUGGUUGCCAGGGAUUAGUGAGAGGAGACAAUCCUCUACAGCUGCCCUGCGUUCCAUCUGAUCCUCAGAUGAUGACUUCAUCAACUUCUUGUCUGCAGUGGUUUGGUCUGAUAAUGUGGUAAUGUACGUUGGGACUGAUGCGUCACACGUGGCAUGUAUCUCAACUCAAGGCUGCUGGUUCAUGGGACAUACCCUUAGUACAAUAGGCACCCAUGUAUUGCUGAGUGAGAGGGUUGCUAGUGCCUGCAGGGUUUAUUACUCUUGUCGCCGCACAGAACUUGUAAUUAAAGUAUUUAACAAAAGAGAUUUUAAACAAAAUAAAACAAGGAAAUUACACGUGUGCAUGUGAAUGAGACAAUUGGGUGUAUGUGUCAGAGGAGCAGGAGAAUUAAACUCCAAAAUGUGUCUCAAUUGCUAAUAAGCACACAUUGAAUAAUAUGGGCAGAUCUUCUCCUGGACAUUUCUACUCUCAGCAGAAGAAAUAAACUCUUGAUACCUCAACUCUA